UGUCUGGCACAUUGAUCCUCGUCAUCCCUACUUUGAUCAUUUUUAGUAUUGCACAAGUUUUCUCCUUUCUCGAUUACGUUGCUCUUUUCGGCGGUUUCUCGUCUAUCGAUAUCCCGGGGUAAUAAUUCCUCUUUUGUUGGCGAAUCCCCCGGGGCCUCAGGUUUUGUAAUAGCUCUGGUUUGUCAUGGGUAUCCUGUUUCUCCCUCUCUCUUGAUGGGACGGCGGGGGAAAGAGUUGACCAUAAAAAGCAUCAGGUGUCUCCAUGAAGUUCUGGCUGCGGGGAGGUUCAAAAGGCGAUGAUCUGGAGAAGCCCAGGCGGCUACUAUUUCUCAGAUACUCUGGUUUUAAUCAGGGGGCAGUGAAGUAUUGGAUCAGUCUUUGCUCUAUUGCGCAGAGAUUUAGUUUACGGUAUGGUGAUGGAGGUAGUUAGCAUGGAGAGCACAACAGAAAUAAUCAAUGCCGAGUAAAAUCAUUAAAUAU